AACGCGAAUGUCCGAACCUGUCGUCCGGAAAGAUGUAGACGGUAAGAUGCCCGCCGGAGGGAGCAGCAGACAGCGGGAAGAGGUGGAGAGAGAGUGUGCAAAGGCAGUGAAAGAGUUUCGGAGGGUGUUUGGGCGUCCCGAGCUCGGCGCCUAUGCUCCAGGUCGGGUCAACCUCAUGGGCGGUUCGAUUGAUUACAGCGGUGGACCUGUCAUACCUGUGGCCCUGCAACUGGUAACAGUGAUAGUUGGUCGCCGCUCCCCGAAUGGCGACUGCAGAGUUGUCACACUGGCUCGGACCAAUCAGAUUUCAGACGAGGAUGCAGACCACACCUUCCCCGUUCCCACCCACCCGUCCAAGGAAUCUCACAGUGUCGAUAUCGGUGGCCCCCAGUGGGCCAAAUAUUUGAAGGGGGUCGUUGCUCUGAUGAACAAGAAUGGGGAUGUCCCUGGAUUUGAGGCCGUAAUUGUCUCCUCUGUUCCGCUCGGCGGUGGCCUGUCCAGCUCAGCUGCUCUCGAAGUUGCAACCUACAAGUUUCUGGAGCAGUUGUGUCCACAAACGGGCCGUCCCGAUUUGAAACAGGCCGCCCUUCUUUGCCAGGAGGCGGAGCAUCGCUAUGCCAACGUGCCGUGUGGUCUCAUGGAUCAGUUUGUGUCAAUGAUGGCUAAAGAAAGUCACGCUCUAUACAUCGACUGUAGUACCCAAGAGGUGGAGCAUCUCCCACUGACAGACCCAAACCUCGCUCUCCUCAUCAUCAACUCUGAGUAUCGCCACGACCUCUCGGAGACCUCGACGGAGGGAGACAGAGACUACUCCAGUCGCAGGAGGACGUGCGAGAACAUCAGCAGUACACUGGGGAUCAAGUGGCUCAGGGAUCUGAAUCAGACGGGACUGGAAGCCUCGAGGGACCAGCUGAGUGAAGUGGCGUACAAGAGAGCCACGCAUGCAGUGAGCGAAAUCGACCGCUCAAUCCGGUCCAGGACAAUCCUGAAACAGGGCAAGUAUCGGGAAUUUGGACAGCUCAUGACCCUCAGCCACUACUCCCUCAGAGACAACUAUGAGGUGACAGUGGAGGAGUUGGACGAGAUAGUGGAGCUGACUCUGAGGGGCCACGAGGGCCAGACGGUGUACGGGUCUCAUCUCAGUGGAGGAGGGUUCGGGGGUUGUAUUGUGACACUCCUUCACCGCGACGCUGUUGAGACAGUCAAAACCACCAUCUCAGAAAACUACAGGUCCAGACAUGGGAAGAAGGCUACUUUUGUGGUGUGUUACCCCAGCGAUGGUGCUGGAGUAAUUGACUCCAAUUCCAUUCUACUCCGUACUCCAGAGAAUUAAAACUCAUUAAUUUAUACAAGACACAAAUUAAAGGGAAAAUGAUAAAUACACACUUCUAUAAUUGUAUAUGGUUCAUCUUCAGAUGGGUAAUAAUAAUGGAAAAAAGGAAGUCAGAACAGAGCAUCAUGGUGCUAAAGGUUCAAAGGUCAGGCAGCUGCUUGUUCCUGGCGACGAUAUCGGCAUACCACGUCUUGACCUCCCUGACCUCUUCCUCCAUCAUCCGAAUGAAGGCGUGGUUCAAGAGUUCUUGGAACCCCGGACGAGUCUCGACGUCCUUGGUGAGGCUGAAAGUGAAAAUGGAGACCGUUAUAAUGCAUGUC